AAUUUAUUAUGGAGAAGUUAACUCAGCCCAUGCAAUGUGACAAGACUCAAGCUUUAGACUCAGAGAAAUCCAUUUUGAAGAAAAGUAAGAGCAUCAUACAAAAGUUUGCCAUGAAUCAUUAUUUUAAUUGAUUUGGAAACGACUGGGAUAAAGAAGUGAUCUUUUAUGAUCCCAGAGAAAAUAAUUUAAGCCUGAAUUUAUCAUUAGAGGCUCAAAAAGACAUAAAAUAUAUUCAGAAGAUAUCUUUUAGCCAAUUCUCAAAUGGAAAUAUGAUCCAUAUAAAAAAUAUAAGGAUGCAAACUAAAUACUUAGCUUAUUUCCUAAGCUUCUCAUUUCCUCAGAAAGUCAAUGAACUUACUUUAGUCUCUGAUCAGGGAUUUACUUUAAAAAUAACUCCUUAUUUCAAUGAAAUUAUGAGACUCAAUUCAAAAGUGCUGGAGAAGAUUUACCUAAAUGGGUUUAGAUUCAAUACAUCCCAAUUCAAGAGACUUAUGGUUUCUUAUGCUCAUGUCCAUAAAAUAGGCCUACGCUUUUGUGAUCUAUCGUUUCCUGUUGCAUUUUUCUUCGGUGAGCUAUUGGCAGACACACAAAUACAUUUGAUUGAUUUGGCAUAUUCUGUAAUCUCUAAGAAUUCAGACUGAGACAAUUAUCUUGAUGAAUUUACAAUAUUUAUUAAAGCAUUAGCCUCUUCUCCUGAUUUGAAACUCAGUCUAAACGAAAUAUUCAUUACAUCUUGAGGAAUUGAAAAUUGAGAUGCUGAGACGAUUCUGAAUGACAACGGAUUGGAGCAUGUCAAAAUAUGGGUUUAA